AAGUACGAAGUACGAGAGCGAAAAAGGAAGUACUGUACUUCCAAAAAAAGUACGUUUGGUCACAUUACGUAUGGUAGACUUGUCAACAGUUUCCACAGAGUUUUUGGUUUUUACAGUAUUUUAUAAUGUGCCCGUAUCGGUGGCAGUUCUUGCAUCGUGAAGGCAGGGGUAUGUACGGGCGAACGUAUCCUAUUGAAAUUGUGUCGGGUAGUGAGAGCGUUGGAAAAGUGAGUGUGAUAAGUCGGGUUUCAAUAAGUGUUGAGCUGUCGUUAUUUUCUUUUCGCAUGAUUUUUCUAACUUCACUCACGUUUUGAUCUAUAGAGUUCGAUUAAGAUUUCGUUUUCAGGUAUCCCACGUCAGUCGUUACAAUAAACAACGCCUUUGGUGGAGUUAAGAGUUGAGUUCAUUGUUAUUUCUACUUGUAUGAUUGGAUAGGCUGGUUAACUUUGCUAGUUUGAGUGCUUGUGUAUGGUUCUUUGUUUUAAUUAGAAUGUCACCACUUUUGAUUUUUUUGCAAGAGUCGACUUUUCCGCAAACACCAUCGAUCAAUGAAUCACCAAAUGUUAAUGUUGGUCAGAUUACCGCUCAGGUAUCAAGAAGUAUAGCUGUCGAAUUGCCUAGUGUGAGCGGUCUGCGGAAAAAUAUUCAGCGUCAGCGCCUUUGCAGUAAUCCGCAGCUAUUAACACCCAAAACAUUGAGUGAAUUAGUUAUACCUGAGCAAUUUCAAUUGACUAACAAUGGUGAAAAUUUUAUAUUGAAGGAUAGUUCUGCUCGUGCCAAUCGUUAUGUGGUGUUCGGUACUAUGGGAAAUUUACGUCGUCUGGGUUCGUGUCGAAUUUGGAUGUCUGAUGGGACAUUUUCUUCUGUAUCUAGCAUAUUUAAACAGCUUUACACCAUACAUGGAGGUCUUGUCGAUAAUGAUAAUGCUGGUAAUAAUGCUAUCGAAUCUGUACCAUUUGUGUACGUUUUGCUCCCAUGUAAAAGGCAAAAUGUAUAUCGUCGAUUUUUAAAGGCUCUCGUAAACGUAGCUGACGGCCACUUGGUGCCAGAAGUAUUUACUACUGACUUCGAGGCUGCUUUCAUUGGAGCUGUGAAAAAGGUAUUUCCAGAUACUCAUCUCCACGGGUGUUAUUUUCAUUUCGCCCAAUGUAUUGUACGGUUUUUAAACAAUAUGGGGUUGGAAACACGCUAUAACACUGAUGAUGAGUUUUCUUUGCAUGCUAAAAUGUUGAUUGCUUUAGCAUUCGUCCCUCCUGCUUUCGUGGUUGCAGGUUUUACUAGCUUGAUUUCUUCGGAAUAUUUUGCUAAUACGAAUGAUUUGAAGCCUCUUAUUACUUAUUUCCAAGACACUUGGAUUGGAGUUCAACGCCGAAAUGGUCACACGUCUGCCAAGUUUCCUAUCGAAACUUGGAACUGCUAUUAUGUAGUCAUUAAUAAUGAGCCAAGAACUAAUAAUAUGAUGGAAGGUUGGCAUAACACCUUUCAUCAACGUAUUGGUAGGAGUUACGAGCAGUUGGGGAAAUUUAUUAAUGCUUUGAGAGUUGAGCAAGCUUCGUCGGAGGUGAUUUGGGAGCAAUUCAAUGCUGGUCGCCUCGUUGCUACUCGGAAGCGCAAGAAAUAUUUUGGUUAUGAUGCUCGCAUACGCGGUGGUGGAAUUUUGGAAUAUCUUCGUGGGGUCGCUCAUAGUGUUUCUCCGUGACCAAUUGUUCAACCAUUUGAUUAAGUUUGAUAUUGAUUUUUUGUUAUUUAAUAUUUUAUUGUAGUUCUAUGUACAUAAUAUACUGAAAUUCCGACAACUUAUUACUAUGUAUUCUCCCGUGAUAAUUUUUCUAGUGAUCAUUUGUCCUGUGAUCAGUGAUAUUGUGAUCAUUUUGGCUGUGAUGUUUUUCGUUGUGAUCUAAUUAGCCAGUGAUCAUUUGCCUAGUGAUCAAUUGUCCUAUGAUCAUUUGUCUUGUGAGCAUUUUGCCUGUGUUUUUUGUCAUGAUCAUUUGUCCUGUGAUAUCAAUAGAGGUGUAAUCUUAAUUAUCAAAUACUGUUUAACACCCCAAAUAGUUGUUUGUAUUUUCUACAUAAAUACAUACAUAUGUAUGGGGACUAAACCAGUAGUGCAAUUCACUAACUUUUAACGAUACGAUUUGUCGAGGUCUAAUAUAACGAUUUUUGUGGUUUGCAGUAACGAUUGUGUUAUUCGGUAACUCUUUUUUAACGACACUAAACAGCUGACAUUUUCUUUUUAUUUCAAUAAAAGAAAGGUGGCAUCUCAGAAGAAUGACGAAAAAAAAUAAAUUCCUUGCUUGCAAAGUGAAUGGCUUCGUCAGUACCCAGUGUUCAAAAGAGAAGCCGGACCACAGCAGAACAACUAAGUCGCAUGGUGGACUUUU